UGUGCCACUGCCGAGUGCCGAAGCCACCGCUCUUACCUGCAUCCACUGUUCCUCGGCUACUCGGCGUAUGCAGUAUGCAUGCGGCCUUAUCCUUUCCCCCGUAUACUCAGCCCACCACUAGGGAGAAAGAAACAUACGCAUGCCACCAACGCAAAGAGCUCAGAACCUCAGAUACGCACAGCAGCAAGCCAGCAAAGCUGCAGAGGGAAAGAUAAGUAGAGGACGAUGUGGUGGUAGUACGCAAGUCAAGUAGCCGCGCGUUGCCAAGAGCUUAGCGACACCGAGAAGCAGCCAGCUACUCAGCUUAGCUAGCCACCGCGGCCAUGUCGACGCUAGUGGACGCGCUGUGCGCGCCCGACGCGACCGCGCUCAUCUACGACACCUUCAACGCCGCCAGCUUCCUCUUCCACAAUGCCGCGGCGUUCUGCGACGCCGGCAUUGCCGUCGGGCCGGCGCCCGCGCAGCAGGCAGCCGAGGCUAUGGGGGCGGCUGCGGUUACUGCGGCCGUGGUGGCGGCGCCGGUGGAGAUUCAGGCGACGUCGGCGGCCCCCAGGGUCAGGAAGCGGCGGCGGCAGGCGCGGAGCUGCAAGUCCAAGGAAGAGACCGAGAGCCUGCGGAUGACGCACAUCGCCGUGGAGCGCAACCGCCGGCGCCAGAUGAACGAGUACCUCGCCGUGCUCCGCUCCAUCAUGCCCGAAUCCUACGCCCAGAGGGGUGACCAUGCUUCCAUCGUAGGAGGGGCGAUUGAGUUCGUGAAGGAGCUCGAGCAGCAGCUGCAGUCACUCGAGGCCCAGAAGCGGACACUGCUGGUUCAUCAGCACAAGGCGAAAUCCGACGCGACGCCAAUGCACUCCAGCACCACCAGCACUGCAGCUACCACUGCCUGCGUGGAGUCCACGACGACGAGCAACUUCAGCAGCAGCGUCACGGAGGACGCCUUAUCCGACGCGCCCCCAUUCGCGGGGUUCUUCACGUUCCCGCAGUACGUGUGGUGCCACUCGCCGCGCGACUCCACGGCGGCGACGCCUCCGGCUGAGAACGGCUGCCGAUCGGGGGUGGCCGACAUCGAGGUGAGCCUGGUGGAGACGCACGCCAACCUCCGCGUGAUGACACCGCGGCGGCCGGGGCAGCUGCUCCGGAUGAUCGGCGGGCUGCAGGCGCUCCGGCUCACCGUGCUGCACCUCACCGUCACCACCCUGCACUCCCUGGCGCUCUACUCGCUCAGCGUCAAGGUGGAGGAAGGGUGCGGCCUGACGACGGUGGACGACAUCGCCGCGGCGGUGCACCACGUGCUCUGCAUCAUCGACGCCGAGGCGGCCUCGCAGCAGCUGCUCGCCGAGGGGCAAUAGGGCCGCGGCGAGCCGCCGACGAGGACAGAAGCAUGCCCGCGUGUACUGAAGCUCGCUGGCGCCUUGACGCCAAUCUUUUUAGCCGAGGCACUGGUUUUCUGAGAGGUGCAGGUGCGGCGCGCGCCUCAUGCUGCCGCACGGCGUGCGUCCCGCUCUAGCUGCCGGUUUUUUGCUGUGCGCCAAACGUUCUGCGGGGUCCGGUGGAACGUCUCGGUGUAACUGUGUAGUUUAUUUGUUUUUUUCCCGUGGAUGUGUAAGAGUGUAGUUGGCCUGUUGUUGCGGUGUUUCGUUUCGCAUUCGAUGUAUGAUGCUUGGCUCUCUAGUUUUACGUUGCCGUUCAAGGAUUCGCAUAUUCCUCUCU